AUAUGCCUACCCUACCCUUUCCUGCCAACCUUUUUCCACUAAUAGAACAUUGCUUAAUUUCAACUUAUUUUCAAUUCCAAGGAGAGUUCUUCGAACAAACCUCUGGAGCGGCAAUGUGAUCGCCUAUAUCUCCUAUCAUUGCAAACAUCUUUAUAGAACAUUUUGAAAAUGAAGUUCUGAAGAACGCACCACUGAAACCAUCCACAUGAUUUCGCAUCCCAGUAUUCAGUUCACAAUGGUAGUGGAACAAAAUAAUCAAAUUCCCUUUCUGGAUGUGCUAGUCCAAAGGAACCAAAAUGGUACCUUAAGUCACCAGGUCUACCGGAAACCAACACAUACGGACUGCUAUCAGCAUGCAACCUCUCAUCAUCAUCCCUCGCAAAAGAAUUAUGUCAUAAGUUCAUUGGUUUACAGAGCGUUCACAAUUUCAGAAUCAUCUUCUCUGGAUGGAGAAUUAGAACACAUCAGUACAGUCUUAACCAAAAAUGGAUACAAUAACAAAAACAUCUCGCAAACAAUACAAAACCUGAAGAACAGAAUGCUCAGUUCUAAAAACGCUGACACACUAGAUGAAGAGAGAGAAAAGAAAAAGACGGCUGUCCUUCCAUAUCUUCAGGGCAUAACAGAACCUAUCAGCAGGAUUCUGGAUAAACACGAUAUCAAAAUAAUCUUCAAACCCCAUAGAAAGAUUUCCCAGUUACUUCCAAAUCUGAAGGAUCAUAAAUCAUUCCUGGAGACUUCAGGUGUAUAUAAGAUCCCUUGCUCUUGUGGUAAAGUUUAUAUAGGGGAAACCGGGAGGAAGAUCAGUACGCGAAUCAAAGAAUAUCAGCGAUAUACUAAGUACGGCCACUUUGCUCAAUCAGCCCUAGCUGGAUGGAGACUGGACACUCCGUACAAUAUGACAAGGCCACCAGACUGGCUCCAUCGCAGAGCUAUUUUGCAAGAAAACAUCACGAAGGUCUAGAAAUUUUAAAACAUUCCAACAAUCUCAACCGAGACAAAGGUAUGCAAGUAAACUCUGUUUGGCACACUGCUCUCCCGGUUUUUUAAUUGACCAGCUUGUAUCAGAUUUGCGUUCUUGGUUUGCGCAAAGUCUGAUUGCCGGGACGGCCUCGCACGAGACCCGGUGACGUGAGGAACGGGAGAUAGUCUGGUUUGACGACGAAUUAAUGUAAGCUGAUGUCUCAACAAAACAACUUUAUUUUGGUUGCGCUCUUGGUCGGCGUGAUCUUGAGAUUGCCUGGAUCGCUCCGCACACGGAAAUCUUCUUCUCCGUGAUCAGCCGGUCUCAAUAAUCGCGAUGGAAAGCUUGUUAGCCCGCGUACAAUCCGCGACUUGUCGGAAAUCUUGCCGCAGACCACUGAGAUCCUCGGAAGCGAUGAAAUCGUACGGCGACCCGCGGAUUGGUUGGAACUGGCCGUAAAUCGGGCACAACCAAAUUCGACGAAUAUCUACUAAACUCGAUCGCGCGAGAGAGCACAAUAAAUAGCCGACAGUUGGAGCCUUGCGCACCGCCGACCCAACUGUAGCGGAUAUAACUUGCUUCCCCUGAAGCAGUUGAAAGUCGCCCGAAUGAAUGCAACGAAAGGAUCGUCUUCUUAUUCCGGACUACGAGUGCGGUCCGUCCGAUUAACAGAUUAUACCACGACCAGAAGGCGAAGCUAUCGACUUGCCGCGCACGGUGUCUAAUAUGGGUGUAUAUCAGUUGGACACGGGGCAAU